AGAUAUUUUCAUGAUGGUCUUACGCACUUGCACCCAAGACCCAAGCUUGGAAAACGGCUACAAAAAUCCAAUUGUUGCACGAAGCAACUUGAGAUCUUGUUUUGUUUUUGUUCCAUAAAAAGCAUAGUGUCUUAAAAGCAAUGCCAUCUCAUAGCCUUCCUUAAAGCUGCUUAACUACAAGAUUAUUCACACUAAUUAUAGAAAAUUAAAAAUUAAAUUAAAGCUGAUCUCCACCCAAACCUGACUUAGGCAAAUAGAUUAUUUCCACUUCGAUCUAUUGCAUGACUUACAGACCGAAGGACAACAUGGCUGAAAAGGUAAGCCAUUUAUUUUUUGAAUCAGAUACACUUUUAGCUGGCUUAUUUAUCUAUGAAGCCACUGUGUCUGUUAGCCAUGUCUGCCAGAUGAUAUUUCAUGCUAUGCCGAAGAAAACAACAAUAUCAAAUUUCUACGUUCUUGGAGACAUCAUGCUUCCUUUACAAUGGCCACAUGGUGAGGAGUGCUAGGAACAAAAUUUUCAAAACUUGAUUCCACUUCCAUGAAGUCGUGCAACCAAGUUUUGGGAGGCAUUGUUUACACCCAUUUUUGCAAAAUAGUAUAAUGAUGCCACGUGUCAUCCAUGUUGGUAGAUAUUUCAUUAGUUGAAAGUUGUUGGAGUAAAUCUCUCUGGAUAAGGUUGAGUGGUUAUUUCCACAACUGCAGCAAGGUUGUUGGUUUGUUGCGAACUUCCAGAAGAAUAAUUGGCAGAAUCAACAGAAUAAUCAGUUUGUUUCAGAUUUCAUGCUGCUGUUGAUUGUCAAGUUGCUGCCACAGAUUUCCAAGCAUGCUGCCAAGGGUGUUUACUGCUAUAAAGAUGCAAAGAAGAAACAAGCAAAGAGGACCAGCCUUUCACACAACUAGCCCAGCGCUAUCUACAUUUUAGUUUUACAAGCAAUGUCUUAGUUUAGAUCCAGUUUCCUCAAACAGCUUUCCUAAUUUAGUCUUUAGCUCUAUGCUGCCAUUAGUUUUAACUCUGAUUUUUGUUAUUUUGUUUUGAACAUCUCCAUUGAUGUAUUUA